AUGGAAUUUGUAAACGCUGAUCGACUUCUCAAUAAACGAGAUCGUAUUAAUAAAUUUAGUCGUUUAGUUUCUUCUCUUCCUUCAGCCAACUAUACAUUACUUCGGGUAUUGACAGAUCACUUAAUCAGAAUUGUACGAAAUUCUGAGAUUAAUAAGAUGACCUUACGUAAUAUUGGGAUGACAUUUUGUCCUACAUUGGGUAUCCCACCCGGUGUUUUAAAUUUCUUCAUUACGGAGUUCGAUCACAUCUUUACAGAUAGUGUUGGUAUUGUUGCUCCAAAAACUAUAGAAGCAACGCCAAAAAAUCACAAAAAAGAUUAUUACCAAUCUUCAACAAAUGAUUUUUCACCCAAAUUCACCUCAAAUAAUCAACAAUUGAAAAAUGCCAGUCUGAAUAAAGAUCCAACUUUACCACCUAAGACUGCUUUACGUGAAGAAAUUACAGGCAGAAGUAAGAGAAAUGGUGUUUAUUAUAUGGAUAAUCCUGAUCUUAUGGUCAGGUUAAAACGGAAGUUGACAGUGGCCAAAUCAAGCCUUUGCCGAAAUGAUGAUUCAUCAGAGGAAGAAAUUAAUGAUCUCGCUCUUCAGGUUGAGGAUGAUGCAGAGAGCGUAUCAUCAGCUUCAGUUGAAGAAUUUGUCGCAUCCCCACCACCAAAUUCUUCAAACUUUUCGUUACCUCCCCGGAUACUAGAACCACCGUUUUCUCAGACAUUAGCACCAUCACUACAAUUGCCACAAUCAAGUUAUUACGAAACCAACUAUUACUAUUUCAAAUAA